UAUAGGAUAGACGAAAACCUAAGAGGAGGAGAAAUGGCGCAUGGUGGCUACGACAAGCGCCGAGUCGCCGGACGGAAACCGGUGAAUAAAGCUACCAAUCACCGCCCAAAAGCCUUGGGCGUCGAGAAGAAACCAAAAGCCAAGCUCGGCUCUCUCAAGCGUCAGAUUCGCUCCACGGAGCGUUUGCUCCGCAAGGACACAAGGCCUGAAGUCAAGGAAGCCCUGACAAAAAAAUUAGAAGGGCUGAAGAAUCAACAACAGGUUCAGGACAAUCUGGCUUUGGAACGUAAAAUAUUCUUGCGUGACAGAAAGAUCAAAUUUUUUGAAAGAAGGAAGGUUGAGCGAAGAAUAAGACGCUUAGAGAAACAACAACGAGCAUCAUCUGGUCAGGCUCAAGAACCUGAGAUUGUUGAGCAGCUCUCAAGAUUGAAAGAAGAUCUCGAGUACAUUAGGUUUUUCCCUAAGACAGAAAAAUAUGUAUCAUUAUUUAAGAAAGGUGACAAUAUGGACACUGUUGAUAAGAGAAACAGCUUACGCACACAGAUCAAGGCAAAUAUAGCUGCUGCUGUAGCUAGUGGGAAGGAUUUGGAAGAAACUGGGAGUGAUGAUGAUGGGCUGGAUUUAAGUGAGGACGAUUUCUUUGUAAGCGGAAGCUCAAGUGAUGAGGCUGAUGCAGACGAUGAAUGGACUGAUAAAAGUGCAAGGGAACAAGCAUCUAGUGCUUCUGGAAAAGCAGCUUCUGGUAUGUCAAGCGAUGAACGAAAUCAGAGACACAUUUCGGCUCGUGCUCUUAUGCCUCCUCCGCGGGCAUCAAAUGGUUCUAGUGCAGUUCAUGUUAAAUCCCGAUACAGUAACUCGUUCAACAAGAACUCAUCCUUUCGUAGGCGUGAUAUGUCGUCAUCCAGCAAUACAUCAACUAGUGUCGACCGGCCUUCUUUCGAAAACCGAAGACCAUACAUACACACGGGUAAUAGUAGUAGUAACUUGAGUUCCAACUCAGAUGCACGAAAACCGAAAAGGAAGAGGCGGCCUAAGAAGAAGAAACAACAAGGGUGAUGGUUGGUGUUUAAUUGCAAAUGUUGUUUUGUUACUAUAAUCGACACGAGGAUUUUGUGAUUUUGAUUCUCUACAGGGUAAACAAAUCAUAUAUGGACUCAUUCUAGUGUUAUCUUUUGAUCUCAGUCGGACAAUAUGCUCUUCCAGUUUUCUCAAUGUGACUUUGAUGC